AUGAGUGCAGUUGAGCUGAUGUGGAUCUUACGUCGCUCGAGUGCCCACCUCCUCGUCGUCUCCCCAUUUGUCCGCCGCACAAAGACGCUCGCACCUACAAAGCCCGAGAAACUCGGCCAUCUGAGUCAGCCGAGCCAGGUGACGUUAGGCCGAUCCAGGCUCCUGGCUAGCAGAGUGGAGACGCUGCCACGAAACCCGUACCUGCGGCUAAGAGCAGCGAUCAUAAAGAGGAAGAAACUGAGAAUAGAUGUCUAUGUGAUAGGGCAGGCGGACCCGAGUCGGGCCGUCCUCCCUCUGCCCAGCUCCUCCUCCCGCCCCCCUUCCGCAGCCUCGGGGACUGAGCUGGAGGCGACCGUCUGGUUUCUGAUAGGGAAAGGACAGAGGUGUGUGCGGGAGCUGGGGAAAGGCCGGCGCCGCGAGAGGGCGGACCCCAGCGCCGGCCUCGGCCUCCCGCCGCCGCCAAGACGCGGCCUUCGAGUCCCGCCGCCGCCCAGGCCAGGGAAGUUCUUUGGAACCUCCGGGGAGGUGCGUUUGCGCUCACCCUUCAAAGCGGUCCUAAAGCUGGUUCUCCGAGGCAGAAUCCGCGAGUGGGCGCCCGCAGUGCGGAUGAAUCCAAGCCUUCAGGGCCAGGGCCAGGGCCAGGGGGCGGGGGCGGGGCGGGGCCGGGUACCCGGGGGAGUAGCGCGUGGCUUGUUGCUAGGCGACGACGCGCGUUCUGACGGCCCCCGGUGCGAGUCCACCGGCCGCUGA